AUGGAGGCGCUAGAAAAGCUUGAGAAGCGUGCUGCUGCUCGUGGCUUAACCCUUAAGGAGAUGGCAUCGGUUUCUGUAUCCGAGGCUCAGCUGUCACAUCUUUGGAAACCGAAGAAUGCAAAUAAGUUGAAGGUUGCUCAAGAGGUUCUUGAUGCUUUAGAUUGUGAUGAAUUGAAACCAAAGAAUGCUGAUAAGUUGGAGAUUGCUCAAGAAGCUCUUGCUGCCUCUGAUUAUGAUGAGCGAGGUGUUCCUAGCGGGAUCCAUGCAACUGAGGAGAAUCUUCUUGGUGGAGGAGGAUCGGAUUGUGUUAGUCCAAGGAUGAAACGGCCUAAACUAGAAGUUCCUGAUCCUGAAAUCGAGAAAUAG